UGAAGGCAGCUCGCUAGGCGCCUUCUGUUUACCUUUUAUGGUUAAAAUAACAGCUUAGCAAAGAAGCGACUUCACGAAGAAGCGAUUUAGUGAAAUCGUCUCAAGCUGCCGCAGCUCAGCCAGUUUAAUCACCCCCAGAGAGCUGAACAACUGCGAGCACAAUGGGACACAAAAUCAUUUUGGGAGAGGGUCGUGUGUCACCGAUGCGCUGGUCGGAGCGAGCACUGGAGGUUCGAGCGAAGGCGUAAAGCCUGGGGCUUCCAAUGAUACUCUGGGCAGCGAUGGAAGCCUAGAUGCCUCACCGCAAGGAGCGGCCGAGCGGGUCCUCGCUUCACGCCCAAGGCAGCACUGGCACCGUGGAGGGAGGAAGCAUGUCCCGGUUGUCUCUCACCCGGUCGCCCGUGUCUCCCCUGGCUGCCCAGGGGAUCCCACUGCCAGCCCAGCUCACCAAGUCCAAUGCUCCCGUGCACAUUGAUGUGGGCGGCCACAUGUACACCAGCAGCCUGGCCACACUCACCAAGUACCCCGACUCCAGAAUCAGCCGCCUCUUCAAUGGCACUGAGCCCAUCGUCCUGGACAGUUUGAAGCAACAUUAUUUCAUCGACCGGGAUGGGGAGAUUUUCCGCUACGUCCUGAGCUUCCUGCGGACGUCGAAACUGCUGCUCCCAGAUGACUUCAAGGACUUCAGCCUGCUGUAUGAGGAGGCGCGCUACUACCAGCUGCAGCCCAUGGUGCGCGAGCUGGAGCGCUGGCAGCAGGAGCAGGAGCAGCGGCGCCGCAGCCGGGCCUGCGACUGCCUGGUAGUGCGGGUCACGCCAGACCUGGGCGAGCGGAUCGCACUCAGCGGGGAGAAGGCCCUCAUCGAGGAGGUCUUCCCAGAGACCGGCGACGUCAUGUGCAACUCUGUCAACGCCGGCUGGAACCAGGACCCCACGCAUGUCAUCCGCUUCCCGCUCAACGGCUACUGCAGGCUCAACUCCGUGCAGGUCCUGGAGAGGCUAUUCCAGAGGGGUUUCACUGUGGCCGCAUCCUGUGGGGGUGGCGUGGACUCCUCCCAGUUCAGCGAGUACGUGCUCUGCCGGGAAGAGCGGCGGCCACAGCCCACGCCCACCGCCGUCCGGAUAAAGCAGGAGCCCCUGGACUAGGCCCUGCCUCAGUGCCCGCCUGAGGCCCCCCCGGCCUUGGGAACACCCCAGGGACCUGAAAGCAGUAUUGGGGAGUUCUGCCUGUGCCUGCUUACUGGUGGGCAUGACACUGAGGGUGGGACUGGAGGGUCCAAAGCAGGCCUCGGGGGCCCCAGGGCCCCGGGCGUCGUGGCCACAGAAUGUGGGCUGCUGGAGGCAGACCCGCCAAAGGAUUGUUGAUGUGACUCAAAGAUGCCGCCGUUGUCGCCACCGCCGGUUCUCCAGCGCCCUGGGCUCCCCUGGCUCCCCAGCCCUUCACAGGGUCCUCUGAGGCUCCGGGACCUACCAAGGCAGGUCAUCAGGGCCCCCUGGCUUGCUCCAGAGGACCCUUCCACCCUUCUCCGUGCGUGCCAGACGUCCCUGGGUCUCCCUGCAUCAGAGGUGGCUUAUUUUUCUACAGUAUUUAAGACCGAAGUAACUAUAACUGCACAAGUCAGAGAGGCCGACAAGGACCGACACGUCUCUAUCUGGUGCUCAGUUCUCAGCCGGACUCGCAGCCCGCCCACGCGGGGAAGAGCUGUGGGCUCUCGCCCCGGUGCCUGCACAGUGCGCCUCAGAGCUUUCUGGGCCCUGCUCUAGGGACAGCGCCUUGGUGGCAGUGCCAUGGGGGCUGAGGCCGGCCCCGGGGUGGGGCUGUGAGGAGGAGGCGGUGCUGGCAUGGGGGUGGUGGCUCUGGAACCAUCUGAUACCAUCUGAUACCCUCACCUUCGCUGCUGCCCAGGGCUCAGACCAUGCUGGGCAGGUCACCUGACCUCACCCUUGGGCUUCCAGUCCUGGCUGUGUGCACCCAUACCUGGGCUCCAGGAGAAGUCUCUGCCCAUCUGGACCAGCCACGGGGCCACACUGAAUCCUUACCUCAGGAAUGGGCCCCACAGUGAGGGCCCAUCUGUCACAGCAUCCUUCGGGUCCCCAGCUCAGGAAGCCGUCCCCAGCUCUGAUUUCCCACACUAAUAUGCACACUGAAUUUUAAUGAACUGUUGUUACCCCCCUUUGGUAAGACCCAACACAGGUAUACCUAGGGCUCCUCACCCCAAUUCCAGUAAGGACUGGCCCCAGGGGUCCUCACAGACCUGCCGUCCCAGAUGACAGGCCCAAAAGUGACCAUCCUGGCUUUGUCACACUUCGCUCUUCCUGGGUGGAAAAACCACUGAGAACUGCUCAGUGGGUGGGGCGCCCUGGUGGCACCCCCAGUGCACAACGCCUGUAGACUUGUGUACAACUCCUUUAACAUUGUAAAGAUGCUGAUGUACAAUUGUUGUGUGUUUGUGUAAACACAUCACGUUCCUAGUUCAUGCCAUAAAUGAUGCCGUAAAGCAAAGACUGAGGCUCCGUCCUGUGUAGAAGCGACAGCUGGAUUCCCGCCUUUGAUCUUGUGCAGGGGAUUCUUGGGGGUGGGGUGCCCCACUCAGUUCUAAUCAAAGAAGCAGUUGCAUUGGCUGGGAGAGGGGCAGGGGCCUGAACUUGCUAUUUAUUGCCCUGGGAUGUGUCCUUUUCACCCGCUUGUCCCCUCGGGCCACGUGAUGUGGAUUCUGGUUCACAGUCCCUGGCCAGAUGCGAAGUGGGGAUAGGCAGACAGGUGUCCGAGGACUUUUGAACCUGGUCUUAAAUGUUUGAGAUGCUCUCUCUGAGUCUUGUUCGGCAUGCACAUCCUCUUUAGAGCCCCACAGUGUGGUAGGAGAAGGUCCAAGCUCAGGCCAGCCAGGGGGACAUGCAGCCCCCAAAAUGAUCACCAUGUGAGGAACGAGGCAGCGUGGCUCCCCAAGGGCAGGAGUUUGAACCUACUCACAGAGGCCUCCAGAUUUAAUGAGUCCUUCUGUGUUUUUUCUCAAAGCCCUUACAUUCUAACCCAUGCGGACCUUUCCACAGGCCCGGCCGGGGCCACUAGCCCCGACCUGCCCGAGGCCGGGAGCACACGCCAGCUGCGCCCUGUCUGAGGCCGCAGAGCAGAUGCCAUCCAGCGUACGAUCUAAUUUGCUGGGCAGACUUGCUGGCCUUCUCCUGUGCUUAGCAACGCGCCUGCAGUUGGCACAUCUGCAUUUUGGCAUCUGAAGUUCACAUGUGAGAGGAGAGAAAGUGUUGUGUUUCUUAGAAAGGAAGUCUUGUGAAAACAGCUCCACGCGGUGUGUUUAUGGAGUUUCCCGGUAUGAAGCCGGCGUGGGGUCUGAUGGAUGGAGACUCCUUGGCAUUUCCAGGCAAAGUCCUUUUGAUGAAACCAUCACGCUGGGGGGAGGGAAGGGAGUAACUUCCGUUGUGAUUGUUACUCUUUAUUUAUUAAAUAAAUCAGGAAGUAUGGUUUUGCAUAAACUGGGGGGAUUUCUAAAUUUAUAGAGAAAUACUAUCCUCCCAUAGAAUAAUUCGCAUCUGCCCAGUCUCCAUCAACCACAAGUACAAAUUAUCAAGUCCUUGAAAACAUUUUUCUAUUUCCUGCAAUGAGUGUAUUUUAAGUACCCUUCUGGUCAGAUACCAUCAGUAUCGUUUCUUCUGCGCUUCAGAAACCUCCAAACUAAGUAUUUUUGGUUAUAAGCAACUGGAUAGAGAGCCCCCUGCUCCCCCACUCCCCUCAAGCCUGUGCCAGUGUGGGGAGAGCUGGCCAAGGCAUAGCAGAUGGCUCCCGCCACUGGCACAUGUGGGCUCGAAGCCAGGUGACACGAACACCUUUUAAAAAGUGUUUUGUUUUUUUUUUAAUUACCACUUGAUUGUGUUCCUUAGACUAAAUAAAGGAUAUUUUAUAAAUUACACACCCAGCUCUAUUGCCUGGUUUCUAAUCCACCGAGGCAGCUACAAAAAGGCACCCUGGCUGGGAUGAUUCUAGAGUUGUGACUUCUCACACGUGGGACUUGGUUGUGCUACUGAGUAGACCUUGAACAGCCCAAGU